AUGUCAUCUUCAGAACACAACGCGUGGCAAACCAUCAGGACGCAUCUCAACUUUUUCCGCAUACACGUCAUCUUCUUCACUUUGACACCCCUGAUAUUCUCUGGGGUCCUUUAUGCCAGCAAUGGCAGAUAUCCAGUUGCAUACAUCGAUGCGCUAUACAACUCAGUCAGCGCAAUAACCAUGUGUGGGCUAGCGACCGUGAACUUGAGUCAGCUUACUGCUUGGCAGCAAGUCUUGCUGUUCAUCCAGAUGUGUAUUGGUAACCCAGUCAUAGUAUCGUGGGUGAUGGUGUACACCAGGAGGUACUAUUUUGCUAAGACAUUCGAUCAUAUUAUUGAAGUAGAGGCUGCCCGACAAGCCGCGAUCAAAGUGGAGCAGCAGCUUGCCACUGCGUCUGGGAGUUCUGUCAGCAGUAAAGGCGGAUGGUCCCGUCGCAUUUUCCGGAGGAAGACUGGCCUUAGUACAGUACCGGAGGAUUCUGCUAGUGAUGAUGCUCGAACGACACCGAAGGAUAGUGCAAAGAGACUGAGACCCGAUAUGAUCAGGCGCAUGGAUGCGCCCCCUAAACUGGUCAACCCGAGCGGACGGAUCACGGAAAGCGGUGCGAUCCCAAUGAAGCGGUUUUCGUUGAAAUCCAGUGCAACAAGUCUAAACGAUGAACAAGGGCCCUCGCCUCGUCAACUCGCGUUUACCGAUGAUCGGGGUGCUGUGACAUCAGUUGCAUCGACUGGAAUGCCACGGACAGCGACUAUCGAGUUUGCACCCACGGUUUCUCGUUCCCAUCCUCCCCUCUUUCCUGUUGGCAGCCGGAGCGGUCGCUCAGAUUCCCCUGACAUUUCAUCAGAUAUUUCACUUUCGGGUUUCUCUGCUCCCCGCCGCCGCCGUUCUUCCGCAGUGCCUCAACAUUCGCACGUACCAAUGGCGCAGCACCCAACCACUCAAACUCAUCGAUCUGGCGAAGCUAGGCGCGCAUCGGGCUCGUAUCCAUCGCAUUCCUUCGAUCACGUUGACCAGCCGCAAGAACAGAUGCUGCGAGGGUUCGGGGGUUUUCCUAUGCCGCACGAGCUGCUAGGGAUGCUGUUUGGUUGGCUGUUUCCUCGUGCCAAGAACAGACUGAAGAGAACUGUAACGAUUCCUGUUACUACUACACUGACGGGCGGUGGUCUGGGACGGACUAUGAGUGGCGCUGCGAGUAUCCCUGGGAGACCAGCCCAUAGCGGAAGUAUUAGCGCUAAGGAAGGUACGAAGCCUGUUACGUAUAUCUCGUUCGACGCAAUUGUCGGGCGUAAUUCUGCGUUUCAUUUUUCGACGAACGAACAGCUUGAGGAGUUGGGUGGAGUCGAAUUUCGGGCACUGAACGCCCUGCUAUGGUUAAUUGCAUCUUAUCACAUAGUCGUACAACUAAUUUCCUUCGUGGUGAUCGCUCCUUACAUGACAUUGCCAAAGUGGUCGAGCGAUCUCGAACCUCCUGCCCUAUUCAGAAAAGUCGCGGUCCCUUGGUUUUCACUCUUCCAAGUCGUAUCGGCGUACACAAAUACCGGAACUUCUCUUGUCGAUCAGAGCAUGGUGCCCUUCCAGACAGCCUAUCCAAUGAUCUUUUUUAUGAUGUUUUGUAUCUUGGCUGGCAACACUGCUUUUUGUGCUACCUCUUUGAUAAACUGGUUGUUCAUCUUAGGAAGUUGGGUAAUGACGAAACUCGUACCGAGGGAUUCUCGAGUCAAUGAAACACUACACUUCCUCUUGGACCAUCCCCGUCGAUGCUUUGUUUAUCUUUUCCCUUCGUACCAAACUUGGUUCCUCCUUACGAUUCUGGUCUUCAUGAAUUUUACAGACUGGUUCUGCUUUUUGGUCCUCGAUAUCGGUAACCCUGACAUCGAUUCCAUACCCAUAGGAACGAGAAUUGUCGCUGGACUAUAUCAGGCCAUUGCUGUUCGUGCCGCGGGGUUUGGAAUAGUUCCACUUGCCAGAAUAGCUCCGGCUGUCAAAGUGCUGUAUGUUAUCAUGAUGUAUGUUAGCGUAUGUGAUGUUCGCUCGACAAACGUAUACGAAGAGCAGUCCCUGGGUAUAUACAAGCAUGAUGACCAUUCAAUGGACGAGAACGCCUUUUCGACUGUAGGCCCAAGGAUGACGGUAUGGUCUCGGUAUCUGGCCAUGCAUGCGCGUCGACAGCUGGCAUUUGACAUGUGGUGGUUGUGUCUGGCGCUGGUGUUAGUUUGUAUCAUAGAGCGUGGAAAUUUGGACAACACGGAGAUACAGGGCUGGUUCAAUAUUUUUACUAUCAUUUUUGAAUUAGUCUCAGCAUACGGCACUGUUGGUCUCAGUCUCGGGAUACCUACCGAAAAUUACUCGUUUUCCGGUGCCUUGAAGCCUCUGUCAAAGCUCAUUUUAUGCAUCGUCAUGCUUCGCGGGCGACAUCGUGGUCUCCCAGUGGCCAUCGACCGCGCCAUCAUGCUUCCCUCCGAAUUCGAAAAGACGAACGACGAACCACUCAUCCCUGCCACGCGUGAUGACAGGCAAUCAAGCCCCCACAGCGACAACGAAGAUCCGGAUUAUUUUGAGGGGCGGCUGAAGGAAGAUGAGAAGGGGAGUGGCAGCUAUGAUGCACUUGUUGAGCCUGGAAGACAGAACGUGGGGUCGGAGGAUCCCCAUGCAUCUUAA